AUGCGCAUGCAGAACUACGCCGCCUGCAUAAACCUCACGAACUCGGCGCGAUCCGUGCAGCUGUUCAAGAUCGACGCCUUCACGGCGACCCGGGAGAAGGGGCAGGGCAGCAUCGCUUCGACGCGAACGAGCGUGGGAGGGUAUGAUUGGGUGAUCAACUACCACCCAAGAGUGUGGUUCUCCGACCAGUACUGGAUCAUGUUCCGCAUCACCUUGGACAGCAACGGGACAGGCGUGGUGGCGUCGUUUGCCUGCCGCCUGGUGGACGUGGUGGACCAAACCGGCGGCGGGCAGCAUCUCGGCUCUUCUUCUUCUCCGGUGCCGGCGGCCAUAACAAGCGCCACGCUUAGUAAAGGACAGGCAAACGAUGUCUACAUCACGACAAGGAGUAAGCUGGCCUCCUCCGGCUACCUCAAGGACGACUCCUUCCUGGUGGAGUGCGUGAUCACCGUCCUGAUAGAGAAUAGAUCACCAACGCAAGAUGCUGCUGCGGCGGCGGCCAACCUUGCGCCGACGACGACCAGCGCUGCGGCGGCGCCUCCCUCGGACCUGGGCAGGCACUUCGGUGAGCUGUGGAGGAACCAGAAGGGGACGGACGUCACGUUCCUCGUCUCCGGCGAGCCCAUCGCGGCACACAAGUGCGUGCUCGCCGCGCGGUCGCCGUUUUUCAUGGCCGAGCUGUUCGGGGACAUGAAGGAGAAGGCAUCGCAGCACGUCGAGAUAGAGGACAUGCGGCCGGAGGUCUUCAGGGCGCUGAUGCAGUUCAUCUACACCGACACGUCGCCGCCGGAGCUGCAGGUGGAGGGCAAGGAGGAGGAGGAGGAGGAGGAUGCCAGGAUGAUGGCGCAGCAUUUGCUCGUCGCGGCAGAUCGGUACGGGAUGGAGAGGCUCAAGAUCAUCUGCGAAGAGAAGAUGUGCGCUGACAUUAGCGUGGACACCGUCUCCACGGCAUUGGCUUUGGCAGAGCAGCAUGGAUGUUCGGAGCUCAAGGCCAGAUGCAUCAAGUUCAUUGUGGCUACCCCCGCGAAUCUCCGAGCGGUCGUUAAAACUGAGGGUUACGCGCAUCUCAUAGCCAGCUGCCCAUCUGUCGUGCAUGACCUUCUCCUGGCCAUCAUGGCUGACAGAUUGAUCAACAAUGGAGCGCGCGAGGUGGCAGCAUUGUUCAGCUGCCGUCUGGUGGAUCCAAGGUCACCGGCUGAUUCUCUGGAGAAAACCACGUCCUCCGUGUUCUACGAAAACAAGUCCCGGGAUGUCUUUCUUAUCAGACGGAGUGAACUGUGGGAAUCGUCACGUCGAUAUCUGAAAGAUGGGUGCAUUAUUGUUCAAUGUGCAAUCACCACCCUGCCUGGGCAUCCCAAGGAUGCAGUAGCUUACGCUGCGCCCAGCGUUCCAUCCUCUGAUCUGCACAAGCAAUUUGGUGAGCUACUGCUGAGCCAGGUGGGGGCUGACAUCACAUUUGUCAUUUCCGGUGAGUGGAUCACCGCGCACAGGUGUGUGCUGGCAGCAAGGUCACUGGUUUUCAUGGCCAAGCUCUUUGGGAACAUGAAAGAGAAGGCCUCAUCAUGUUUUGAGAUCGACGACAUGGAGGUAGAGGUGUUCAGAGCCAUGCUCCAUUUCAUCUACACCGACACGGUGCCCAAGCUGGACCAGCUGAAGGGGGAGGAGGCGACAGUGAUUGCGCAACAUCUUCUUGAAGCCGCAGAUCGGUAUGGACUGGAGAGGCUCAAGAGGAUCUGUGCAGAGAAGAUGUGCAUGAACAUUGGUGUGGAUACAGUCGCGACCACAUUGGCUUUGGCUGAACAGCACGGGUGCUCGAAGCUUAAAUCCAAGUGCAUGGAGUUCAUCUCGGCUUGUCCGAAGAAUCUCCAGGCUGUUGCUGCAACGGAAGGUUAUAAACAUCUCGAGGCAAGCUGCCCCUUGGUCUUGACCGAACUUCUAAGCUCAAGGUUAAGCCUCAAGGGAAAUAAACAUGAAGUAGUUGGGCAUUCUACUGUUGGAGACAGUAAGUAG